AUGAUCAAAAACGUAAGAUUCCAGGAUGAGAUCAAUCUGCGGACAGAGGCUGAGAACAACUUAAAUGCGUUCAGACAGGACGUCGAUGAAGCUGCUUUGAUACGGAUUGACCUGGAGCGGAAAAUUGAAUCCCUGCAGGAUGAGAUUGACUUCCUAAAGAAGGUCCAUGAUGAGGAAAUGCGGGAGCUGCAGGAUCAGUUACAGAUGCAGCAGGUCCAUGUCGAUGUGGAUGUAUCCAAGCCGGAUCUCACUGCUGCCCUGAAGGAUAUCCGCAUUCAGUACGAGUCUGUUGCUAGCAAGAACCUGCAGGAGGCUGAGGAGUGGUACAAGUCUAAGUUCUCAGAUCUGACCGAUGCAGCAUCUCGGCAGGCAGAAACCCUGCGCCAGGCCAAGCAGGAGAUGAAUGAUUACCGAAGGCAGAUCCAAUCCCUCACAUGUGACCUGGAGGGCCUGAAAGGAACGAAUGAGUCUCUGGAACGUCAAUUGCGUGAGAUGGAGGAACGUUUCAAUUUUGAAACAAGUAAUUACCAGGACACAGUUAGCCAGUUGGAGAGCGGUAUCCAGAAUCUGAAGGAGGAGAUGGCCCGGCACCUGCAGGCUUACCAAGACUUGCUCAACGUCAAGCUGGCCCUGGACAUUGAGAUUGCCACCUACAGGAAGCUGCUGGAAGGAGAGGAGAACAGGAUUUCAAUGCCUGUUCAGAGCUUCUCAUCUCUGCAAAUCAGAGAGACAAGCCUGGAAUCUAAAGGCUCCACGGACAUUCAGGCCAGAAGGAAUAUUCUGAUAAAAACAGUGGAAACAAGGGAUGGACAGGUAAUCAAUGAGACCAGUGCAGAACGCAAGGAGAUGCCAUGAGGGGAUUAGGUCUGGCCUAGUGGAGUGAGCAGCCUCGUGGUAAAUGUAGAGUGGGCUGCUGUAGCCGUUUCUGGAGUAGGUAACAGAAAGUAGGAAGUGGGAUCCUGGGAUAGUGUAGCACUUCGACAGUAAAAGUGGACAAAACUUCAUUAAGAUACACAUUUAACAAACUUAAGCUUGAAAAGUAUUGUAUUUACAACUAUGAGGAAGUUGACUUGACUUAACUUGGGGUGGUUUAGAUGGAAUCUCUAGUAUUGUAACAGUCAGCGUUUCAAGUUUCUUCUCAUCCUUAACAAUUGUAAACAGCUCGAUUUACCUGAAUAUUGUGUUUGCUACUGGCAUUACUUUAGAAUUUUGAUUUUUAAAAAUGAGAAAAGACCCUCAGUCCCAGUACCACACAGUGACUGAGGUGAAGUCCUGUACACAGAGUGAGGGAAUACUCACCAUCUCCUUUUUCGAUAUAUAAUUAAAGUUUUAACUUUUGAUUUUGAUCCAGCCUCUCACUGGUUAAAUAGUAGGAUUAACAAACCAGCACCCUUCACUAUCCGGUGAUAGUUUGGGACCAAGCUUAUGUGCAAGAACAACAGACAGCAGCACAAAUUAAUUCUGACAACUGAAUCUCCUACUCGGAUCAAAUUGAUGUCUGCAUGUGACAGCACCUUUUUUCACUAAACACUGAGGUUUUUUUUUCCGAACUUGCGUGACUCCAGUAAUAAGCUAACUGCCUUCUGUGUGAAGCCUCUUUGUGGCUGUCUUUUGUGCUCACUGCCUCUGUCUAAAAAGCUCUUUGCUUUUUCUAAUGCAAAGGUAACAAUAAAAGGCUUUUAAAUCA